AUGGCGGCGGUGAAGGCGUCGGAGGCGCGCGGGGACUCGCCGCUGCUGCGGGCGGUGGAGCUGUCCCGCGUCAUCGCCGGGGAGGGCGCGGGCGCGGGGCCCCUCCCCAGCGCCGACCUGGCCGGGAUCCUCGUCUCCAACCUCUGCUUCGCGCACAACUCGCCCUCGCUCUGGAAGCUCCUGGGCCAGGCCGUGGCCUCCCGCCUCCUCUGCCCGCUCCACGUCCUCGCGCUCCUCACCCCUAGGGUGUUGCCGCAGCGGCGAGCGCAGCCUGAGGCGUACCGGCUGUACCUGGAGCUCCUCAAGUGUCACGUCACGUCGUCGUUGCUGUCUAUGGAGGCUGGGCCUAAUCGUGACAAGAUAGGGAAGUCCAUUGCUGAAGCUUUGCAACUAUCAAAGGUUUAUGGAUUUUCUGGAACGGAGUUUGGACAUGUUGUCAUUAUGUUUGUGUUGGCUGUUGUCAAUAAACUGAUUGAUAGCAUACUCGAGGAUUGUGGCUUUCCAUCUGCGAUGGCAGAGGGGCAAGAGAGUGUAUAUGCCACUGAUGGGCCACAACCUAUGGACUUAGAUGUUAAAAGGGGAUCUACUGAGAACCAAAAUGAGCAUCGCGAACAGUUACGCCGGAAGAACACUCUCAUGGCUUUGGACGUGUUGCAUAUGAUGGCUGCUGAUAGAAAGAUUCAAUCAUUUCUGCGCUUGAUAUUCCUGAACAUCUUUUCUGCAGUAUAUAUAGGGAUAGUAAUAGGCUUAAGCAAGUUUGCAAAACAGACUAUCAACCAAAUAACAAACGCAUUCUGGGUGUUCUUGGUAAUAUGGGAUCCGUGGCUCCCUUCUGGCCAACUUACUUGGAGCUGGGAGGCCCUUUGCUGGAUAAUAUUUGAUAUAUAUGUGGAGAAUGCAAUUGAUGGGAGGCAUCUAAGUCUUAUAUCAGCUAUCGGGAUUAUAAAAGAAAUGACCAAGACAAUGCAAGUGCUUAAUGAAGCAAGCUGGCAGGAAACAUUUAAAGCUCUUUGGAUUUCCGCCCUUCGUCUUGUACAACGGGCUAGAGAACCUCUUGAAGGACCGAUUCCUCAUCUAGAUGCAAGGCUGUGCAUGUUGUUAUCUCUUAUACCAUUAGCAGUUGCCGAGAUUCUUCAAGAAGAAAGUGAUAUGCUUGGAGCUGAAGGAAACAAAAUUCUUCCACAAAGACAAGGGCUUAUAUCGUCUCUCCAGGAUCUGAUCCAGUAUUCAGGGCUUCUUGUCCCACCUUCAUCAGUGGUGAAUGCAGCUAAUGCUGCAGCCUCAAAAGCGGCAAUAUUUAAGGCCAACUAUAAGACUGGGGUUGGCAACUCUAGCUUGAUGGACCAGACUGACUCUUCCAUGAAAGCUGGACCCCUUAUUGAUGCUCUGGUAGCAACUCCUGCUUCAAGUGUUGCGGAAUUGGACAAAUUAUACAGUAUAGCAACAAAUGGUUCAGAAGAAGAAAAAACAGCUGCUGCAAAGAUUCUUUGUGGCGCAUCACUUGUUCGUGGCUGGAAUAUUCAGGAACAUGUGGUCGGUAUGGUGGUCAAGCUAUUAUCAGCUUCUUUACCCUCAGUUUCCUCAACUUCAACUCCUGGGAGCAUGAGCCACUACCUUGCUCAUAUGUCUACGUUAAAUGAAAUCUUACUCGGUGUGUCUUAUGGUGACGCCAUCCACAUUCUUUCGUUGUAUGGAAUGGUUCCAGAUGUUGCUGUGGCUUUAAUGCCACUAUGUGAGGCUUUUGGGUCAAUAGCACCGCCACCUAAUCACAAGUCUACCAUUCUUGGUGAAACAUCUGUUUAUUCGGUCUUCUCUUGUGCAUUUCUUUGCCUUCUUCGCUUGUGGAAGUUUUAUAGACCUCCUCAAGAGUAUUGUCUUGCUGGUCGUGGAGGCUCAGUAAAGCUGGAACUGACUCUGGACUAUCUGUUGUUGAUGCGCAAUAAUCGCAUUGAGUUCUCAAAUUCAUCUGCCCCUAAUAGGGAUUCUUACAACAAUAUGGGCUCAGUCAAUGAGGUUCCUGCUCAGCCGAUUUAUAUUGAUUCUUUCCCCAAGCUAAGGGCUUGGUAUUUUCAGAAUCAAGCUUGCAUCGCCUCUACACUUUCUGGUUUUUGCAACAAAAACCCUGUCCAUCAAGUCGCGAACAAAAUUUUGAAUAUGAUUUGCCGAAAAAUGAAUAAAAGUGGGGUAUCAUCUAGUAAUCUUUCAUCCACUUCUAGUAGUAGUGUCAGUGGUUCCUCUGUAAGUGCAUCGGAUGAUUCUUGCCAAAGGCCUGCAGUUCCUGCUUGGGAAUUUUUAGAAGCUGUUCCUUUUGUUCUUGAAGCUGUUCUGACAGCAUGUGCUCAUGGGCGGCUUUCCAGCCGAGACUUGACUACAAGCUUAAGGGAUCUGGUGGACUUUUUGCCUGCUUCUCUUGCUGCAAUUGUAAGCUACUUCUCAGCAGAAAUUACACGAGGAAUCUGGAAACCUGUUCCAAUGAAUGGAAUUGAAUGGCCUAGUCCCGGUGCUUCUCUUCAUUCCAUUGAAGCUGAAGUAAAGGAAAUUCUUGCAUCUGCUGGUGUUCAGAUUAACAGCUGCUAUCCGCGUGGUGUGCCGCCAAUGCUUCCUUUACCUAUGGCUGCACUUAUCAGCUUGACGAUUACAUUUAAGCUAGAUAGGAGUUUGGAGUACAUUCAUAGGGUCAUUGGACAGGCACUAGAGAACUGUGCAGGGGGGAGUUCCUGGCCAAGCAUGCCCAUUAUUGGGGCAUUGUGGACACAGAAAGUGCGAAGAUGGCAUGACUUCAUCGUCCUCUCUUGUAUGCUUUGUCCAUUUGGCAGAGACAAAGAUGCAGUUCAUGUAGCUCAUCCAAAGUUGCUUCUUGUCCUUUCUGCAGUCUUCACCCAGUGGGACUCAAUCACGAAUCAAGGUCUUAGGCUCCCAAUGGCACCUGGUUUCAUCUACUUGAGAACAUGUCGAACUUUCCAUGACACUUACUUCAUUAGUGAAGUGAUCCUCAAGCAAGUUAUUGAGUGGGCUCACAAACUUGCAAAUGGAUGGUCUUUCAAUGGGCCUCCGCAGUUGAAAUCAGGCCGGACACCACUAUCUUGUGCAGCAUCCAUGGCGCAUCAGGUUGCGUUGCUUGGUGGAGGUCUCCUGUGCGUAGCAGGUGGACCACUUGUGGUCCAGGUGUUGUAUGAGGAAACACUGCCAACACUGCUGCUAUCAGCCAGAGAACAGAGUUUGAAAGACCCUGGGCCAGUUUCUAGCACACUCCAAGGUUAUGCCAUGGCCAACAUGCUCUUCUACAGUGGUAGCCUGCUUUGGCUAGCGGAUAGGACUGAUCCUGUCAUGAAAUUGUCUUUCCUCUGGAGGCGGCCACGGGUGGUGAGAAACCACAUGGAUUUCAUAGCUGGUGUAUUAGACGGACACAUUCUUCUGGGCUGUGACCCGGGUACCUGGAAAGCGUAUGUGUCGCAAUUUAUGUUCCUGGUGGUGAAGUUUGUUCCAUCAUGGUUGCGGGACAUAAAGCUGGAGACGCUAAAGAAGAUAGCAGCUGGACUUAGGAGUUGGCAUGAACAUGACCUUGCUCUCUCUCUUCUUGAGCGAGGAGGACCACAAGCAAUCUCUGUUGUAGUCGAGACCUUGCUGUGA